UCAGUGUGCUAGGUGCCAUAUUUUUUGACAUUUAUCUUUUUGCUUGUCGAUUUUUGUUUGUAAAUUUUAUUUGAAAAAACAAAAAGGUUAAAUAAUUUUUGUAUUUCAAAAAAAUAUAAAAUGCAUGUUGUAUAUGCCCAUUAAACUAUUCAAAUAUGAGUCUAGAAUCAACACCAUCAAGCCUCCUAACUCGUGAUGAUAUCACAAGUAUUUUAAAUGAACGGCACUUAAAAAUACCAAACAUUGAACUUAUGAGCUAUGAAGACCUCCUUCGAAUCUAUGAAACUUUUGCACAACCUUUGGAAAAAAGAAAUACAAAGAGAACUCAAGAAAGUAGUCUCGUAGUUCCACAACAACAUUCUUCUCAUCCGAGAAUUACAUUCAAUGAAGAUUUCCAAAUCAAUCGGGUUAUUCCAUCUAAGAUCCACGAACCGCCUGAGUUUCCUCCAACGAAAUACAUUAAACUCUCAUUCAAUACAAUUCAGAGUUUCGCUAAGAAACGUUCCAACGGUGUUACAAUCAAUGCAGCUCAGGAGGCUACGCCCUCGAAAAGAAAACCUAUUUCAUGGCCAUGAAUUGGUUGAUACAAAAUAUUAUGUAGAUAAUAAGAUUUUUAAGUAUUUUAAACAUUUUGAAUGUAUUUCUUUGUAUUCUUAUUUUAUGAAAACUGUAACGGGUGCAGAAAUUUGAUCUUAAUUAUUCUUAAAAUAAGUUUGCUAAAAGAGGUUGCACUUAGUAACUUAAGAUUUAAUUUGAUGUAAAAUUGUAUUUUUAGAAUAACUCGCGAUCAAACUUAAUAGUUGACUUAGAUAUUUGUUUCAAAAAAU